AUGACGUCCAACGGCGCUUUCGACUUUACGGAUUCGCUGUCACACAACAACUUUGCCGAGAAUCAAGUCCGCAGCCACUUAUUUGCUGCCUUUGCCGCAAUUGCAUGGUACAAUGCCAUCGAGUUGAUCGCUCUGUGCCUGGCCUCCUUUAAACGACGGCAUGGGUGGUACUUCUGGAGCCUGCUGGUCUCCUCGGGAGGGAUCAUUCCCAACUGCCUUGGGUAUAUCCUGCUCUUUUUCGAUUCCGGCGUCACCCCCUAUGUCUCGAUCACCAUGGUGGUGAGUGGCUGGGUCAUGAUGGUCACGGGCCAAUCGGUGGUGCUCUGGUCCCGGCUACACUUGGUCAUGCAGAAUAUCAAGAUUCUCCGAGCGGUGCUGGGGAUGAUCAUCAUCGAUAUGAUCGUGUUUCAAUUCCCCACCAUUGUGCUCAUGUUUGGGAGCGUGGCUCCCAUCUCUUCGGCCUUCACGACAGGGUACAAUGUGAUCGAGCGCGUCCAACUCAUCGCUUUCUGCAUCCAAGAAUUCAUCAUCUCGAGCAUCUAUGUCUACGAAACCAUCAAGCUGCUCCGUCUCCGCCCCCAAGGUCGACCAAACGGCAUCCUCCGCCAGCUACUGAUCAUCAACGUCGUCAUCCUCGUUCUCGAUAUCGCCGUGGUCGUCACAGAGUGGAUUGGGUUAUACUCGGUGCAAGCUUUGCUCAAGCCAGCCAUCUACAGCGUGAAGCUCAAGCUGGAGUAUGCCAUACUGGGGAAACUCGUGGCGAUCGCACGCGCGCCGCUUUCAGGGUCAGACCUGUUGUCCAGCGGCUGGGAACUCGAUGAUACUCUUCGAAACCAGUCCAGCAAUGCCAGCUCACGGAAAUACAGCCUUCCCUGGUUCUGGGACGUUUCCUCGCCCUCCCAAAGCACUUCCACUCCUUAA